CUGUAACUGCUGCCAAAGCUGCUUCAGCUAAGUGCUGAAUAAAGGCUCUGAAUACAAGCAGACAGCAGAGGGUGAAAAUGAGCAUCAGGGUGAAGUUUUGGACCCACUGUAAUAAUCUGGCAGCUGAACACUCAGUUUGUGCUGAACUGUUUGGAGAAGUUGGAUGGACAUUUUCAGCUUGGAUGGACUUUUUAAAGUUGUAAAACCUAACCUGGCUGCGUUAGUUUGGCAGAGGGCAGUGUCUGCACAGCGGUGUGCUCCUCCUGCCAACUUCAGAGGAGUUUCAGCCCACAGACGAGCAGCAAACGGUAACCAGGUUUUCUCCCUGGACUAUAUUUUACAGCUAACGUUUGGCAAGCCCUGCUGCCAAACUCAAUAUAUUUGUUCUCUUUACAGUAGCUUAUAUGAGCCGUUUACAUGAUGUCAUUUUAAACAACCUCAUAAUAAACAGUUUAGACUUUGACAUUUACCUCACUGAGCGCCGCUUGAACAUUUGCCACGCCAUUAAACCCGAUUCGUUCCGGUUUAAUCCCCGUCCUCCCCCCGUCCGCCUCUCCCCGCUCAGACUUUCCAAAUAAAACGGAUCCAGCUGUGCGCGGCUGUGCGCCUCCGUGCGUCACACGGCGCUCCGGCUCAGCAGCGAGGAGCAGCGGAGAGGAGCAGCAGGAUGGCCGGCACCGUGCUGUCGCUGGCCGCGGUCUUGACUCUGAGCGUGGGCCUGCUGGUGAGCGGCGGCCCGGUGGGGAACGGGCUGCGGGACCUGGAGGACCUGGAGCGGGGACCGGUCAGUCUGAACGACAUGUUCCGAGAGGUGGAGAUGUUGAUGGAGGACACGCAGCACAUCCUGGAGGAGGCGGUGGAUCAGAUUGCCACAGAGAGCGCUAAAUCAUCUGUCGCCUCGCUCGAACUACGUCUCAGUGGAAACAAAACCAUCCAGGUGCUGGACAGAACCGACCAGGAAACUGAUAACACAACAGGAGAGUCUCUGCUUUCACACGGCCACAUGGAGAUCUCAGGCCAGUGGAACAGCGUAGAUCAUGAGUGCAUGGUGGAUGAGGACUGUGGUGACCUGAGGUACUGCAUGUAUGGGAUUGAGAAGUCCAGGUGCCUUCCCUGCAUACCCACUGACAUGCCGUGCACUAAGGACGAGGAGUGCUGCUCAGAUGAGAUGUGUGUGUGGGGUCAGUGCACAGCCAACGCCACCAGAGGAGCCGAGGGAACCAUCUGUCAGGUCCAGAGCGACUGCAGGGCCGACCUCUGCUGUGCCUUCCAGCGAGAGCUUCUAUUUCCAGUGUGUAACCCCAAACCAGAGAAGGGGGAGUCCUGUCUGAGCCACCCCAACCUGCUGAUGGAUAUGCUGGCCUGGGAUCAGGAGGGUCCCCGUGACCACUGCCCCUGUGCCAACGAGCUGCAGUGCCAGCCUCAGGGACGUCGAUCUGUCUGCGGAGGGUAGACGGACAAGAACAUCCCUCAGGCUGGAGGACUGAUCUGCCACAGGAAAACGGAGUCGUUAUAAACUCUAUGACCCUGUCCAGGAGCAGAGCUAGCUCUCUAAUCCAGAAACAACUGGAGUGUAAAGACGGAGCUCUUGUCUCAGGACAGGACUUCAUGGUUGCACUGUAUUAUUUGUGCCAUACUAAAAUGUUGUUAGAUGACCAACGUGUGCCAUGUAUCUUGAUGGAAAUGAAAGACGUGGUUGUAGUUUUGACUUGGGACCAAGAACAGCACUGCUGACGUAUUCAUUUUAAAUACAUUUUGGAAAAAAAAAAAUUCUCUGUCCUUUUUGUUUGGAGGAUAAAAGCUGCCACUGCAACAGGCAGCCCUGAACACCACACACAAACACACACAAACACACACACACACACACACACACACUUCAACUCUGUGUAUAUGUAAUAUCUGAAGGCUCUAAGACAGAAGAGAUGAGAGAUUAUCAACUUUCACCAGAGCUGUCCCGUCCUGGCACCUACUGGUGUUACUGGUGCGCUUUGUCGCUGUCACACACACACACACACACACACACACUCUAACAAAGGACCAAUUGACUGUUAGCGCUUCAGCUCAACUUUUAUAAUGAUGACUUGCAUGUUUUUAUAUCUCUUUAUCUAUUUUAUUUAUUUUUAUGAUGUGCAUCGGUUGUGCUGACUGCAAAGUUUACUGUCGCAGGGACAAUAAAGACUGUUCAA